GAUUUUUGCAUAUUCUACAAAAAAAAACACUUUAUAUUUGUGAAUUUUACUGUUUAAAAUUAAUCAGUUUCUGUUCACUGUUUUCAUUAGAAACUUAUGAUAUCUAUAACUAAUCUAGGUGUGACUAUAUUUGAUUAAUAUUGUUGUAAAUCAAGUGCUAUAUUUCCCAAUAACCAGGAAAUCGGCAAUGGAGGUAGAAACAGAAGGUUCCGAAUCGAUCACCGCUAAAUCAAAAUCGCGAUCCCCUUCGGCAGACUCAAACCGUUCAGCCAAAAGUCGUUCACCAUCCCCUAAGGAAAACGGAAAUACUUCCCCAAGAAAAUCACGCUCUCGCAGUGGCAGCAAAGCCAGCAACAGAUCCAGAAGUGGUUCUGCUCAAAGUAACAGAUCCAGGAGCGGUUCUGCUCAGAGUAAUAGAUCCAGGAGCGUUUCUGCUCAUAGCAACAGAUCAAGAAGUGGUUCUGCCCGUAGCAACAGAUCCAGAAGUGGUUCCGCUCAUAGCAACAGAUCCAGAAGCGGUUCAGCUGUCAGUAACGCUAGCAGAAAAUCUGGAUCUAGAAGCAAGUCACGAUCCAGAUCACGUAGUGGAUCGGCCAAGAGUAUUGCCAGCAAUCAUAGCGGAAAAUCUAGGUCUAGAAGUGGAUCUGCUGCUAGUAACCACAGCAGAAAAUCCAGAUCUCUUAGUGGAUCAGCUAAAAGUGUCAAUAGCAGAAAAUCCAGAUCUAGAAGCGGAUCUGCUACUAGCAACCACAGCAAAAAAUCUAGAUCUAGAAGUGGAUCCGCUACUAGCAACCACAGCAGAAAAUCAAGAUCUCGCAGUGGAUCAGCUAAGAGUGCCCAUAGCAGAAAAUCUAGAUCGAGAAGUGGAUCUGCUGCUAGCAACCAUAGCAAAAAAUCAAGAUCUCGCAGUGGAUCAGCUAAAAGUGUCAGUAGCAGAAAAUCUAGAUCCAGAAGUGGAUCCGCUGCUAGCAACCAUAGCAGAAAAUCAAGGUCUCGCAGUGGAUCAGCUAAGAGUGUCCAUAGCAGAAAAUCUAGAUCCAGAAGUGGAUCCGCUGCUAGCAACCACAGCAGAAAAUCAAGGUCCCGUAGUGGAUCAGCUAAGAGCGUCAAUAGCAGGAAAUCUAGAUCUAGAAGUGGUUCAGCUAUUAGCAACCGUAGCCAAAAGUCUAGAUCUCGUAGUGGAUCAAAUAAAAGUGUUCAUAGCAGAAAAUCUAGAUCCAGAAGUGGUUCAGCUAUAAGCAACCGUAGCCGAAAGUCUAGAUCUCGUAGUGGAUCAAAUGACAGAAAAUCUAGAUCUAGAAGUGCAGGAAGCAGAAAAUCUAGAUCCAGAAGUGGCUCAGCUAGAAGUCGCCGCAGCAAUAUAUCCAGAUCGAGAUCAAGAAGUGGUUCAGCCUACAGUAACCGAAGCAGAUCGAGAUCCCGUAGUGGCUCGGUAAGAAGCAGAAAAUCCGGUUCCAGAAGCAGGUCCAGAUCAAGAAGCAGAUCUGGCUCCAGAAGCAGGUCCAGAUCAGGUUCUAGAAGAUCCAGGUCAGGCUCAAGAUCACAAUCAAGAUCAAGAUCCAGAUCGGCUGGAUCGAAAAAAUCAAGAUCCAGGUCCAGAUCCAACGAGGAUGCUGGCGCUAAUCGAAUAAACAAGAGGCUGCUGGACUCUGACUCGGAAGAUGAAGGUGUAGCUCAGAAAUCCAAAGUUUCUAAGAUUGUUGAUAGUGAUAAUGAAGAAGCGGAUGCUGGUCCUUCACAGGAGCCACCUCAGGAGGAAGAAGGUGAGGCUUCUGCAGCUGCUGCCCCUCCUCAAGUAGGAGAUUCAGAUUCAGAUGAAGGAAUUGAUUCUAAUGCCAGGCAGUACAUACAUGGCCAUAACAGCGAAGGAAUAUCAGAUUUCGAAUUGAUGAUGCAAAGAAAAAAAGAAGAACAAGGCAAACGCAGAAAACGCAAAGACAUUGACAUUAUCAACGACAAUGACGACAUUAUAGCUCAGCUGUUGGCCGACAUGCGCAACGCUGCAGAAGAAGACAGGCAUUUGAAUCAGGAGAAAAGGCCUGCCAUCAAGAAAAUGGCCAUGCUGAAAACGGUGAUGUCGCAAUUGAAAAAACAUGAUCUGCAAUUGGCCUUUAUCGAGCACAAUGUUCUAAAUGUGCUUACAGAUUGGUUGGCUCCCAUGCCUGAUCGGUCGAUGCCUUCUUUGCAAGUUAGAGAGAGUAUUUUGAAGCUACUGGCUGAAUUCCCACCCGUAGACCAACAAACCUUGAAGCAUUCGGGAAUAGGUAAAGCCGUAAUGUACCUUUACAAACAUCCCAAGGAAACUAAAGAGAACAAGGAAAAAGCUGGUAAAUUAAUCAGCGAAUGGGCCAGGCCCAUUUUCAACUUGUCCACUGAUUUUAAAGCUCUCAGCAAAGAGGAACGAUAUCAACGCGACAUGGAACAAAGGGGUCCUAGAAAAAGAAAAAACGAAGAACAAGCUGAAAAGGAACGAUCAAAAUUAGCUACAGCACUUAAUGCUGAUGGAAAGCCUUUAAGACCAGGUGAAAAGGGUUGGGUGGCACGUGCAAGAGUCCCGGUACCGUCAAGCAAAGAUUACCUCGUCAGGCCUAAAUGGCAAAGCGAAGUCGAUAUUAGCAGGCAAACCAAAAAGGGGUUGAAUCGAUUCGAGAAGCAUUACAAAAACUUUUUGGAUAAUAAAAGGCUGAAACAAUCAUCAAAACGGGCAGUGGAAAUUUCUAUUGAAGGUCGAAAUAUGGCUUUGUAGGUUAAGUUCAAUAAUUUCAAUUAGGUUUUUUUUGUUAAUUGCAUCCUUGAAGAAAUUAGCAAUGUUGAAUAAAUAAACUUUUUUUUUGAAAACUGUUUAGGGUUUCUUUGUACAAUAAUAUAUUGAUUUUCUAAUACAUAUUGAGCAGUCAGUUUAUUCAGAUAUAUAAAAUUAUAAACAUUAAUAUACAUAUUACAGCUAAACUAGGAGAGGAUAAAAAUAAAAUUUUACACCUUAAUUUAUUAGAGGUGUUACAUAAAGGAAAAACAACCCUGGGAAAAGUCCCAUUAGUGGCCCCUAAAAUAUAAUAAAUCAGUUCUAUUGCAGAGUAUCUCCAAACAUUUGGAGACCCCUAAAAGUGCAUUUUUUCUUUGCAUAAGGACAAUAUAAAAUUAUCAAAUUGUGUCCUUUGAAGUUGAAAAUAUUUUUCUUAACACAACAUAAAUUGAAAGGAAAUCUUCUGGAUAGCUGGGAUAAUCGACACUCUCGAUUUUUUCUUCUCAAAAACAACUCUGGGUGUCAGUUUCCAAUUUGAAAAGUAGCAUCAUACUGAAAUCACAAGUAAAUGAAUUAAAUAAUGAAAAUUUACCAGGAUAGUUUUGUAAUUCAACUAUAGUUUGAGUUCAAGAAAAUUCAAUGUCCGUGAUUUCUAGCCAGCUGC